AUGGAGGAAAUGAUGGAAGUGGGGAUCUGCAAAACCACCUGGGUAGCGUCUAAAGGUGGAGAGAAUGGGCCCACGUAUGAUUCCUGGCUUCCUGUUUAUACUUGUCAGAAGAAACCAAAGACCAGGGCUCUCGAUCCUUGUAAGGUUGAGUUCUCGAAGCGCAAGUUAUUGUCAGCAAUAUUGGAACAAAACAUGAAGGGGAGCAAGCAAAUUAAAGCAAAAUCUUCUCUUUCUCCUGUUAAUUUGUACUGCAAUGAAACAGCUGGUGAUGCACUUUGUUCCAAUAAUGCUGAUGACGAAAUCAAUAGCCUUUCAUCUACAGAUUUCCCAGUUGAUUUCGACGAGAGCUAUAUCGAUGAUAUCCUCGUUUCUGAGCUUCAACAAAUGCCAGAAACUGAGCUAAUUAACCGAUUUCUUGACAUGCCAGAAGUUGGUACUGCUCACCAAGAUACACUGAAUUGGAUGUUAAAGGUGCAUGCUUACUACCGGUUUAGGCCUGAAACAGCAUAUCUUUCUGUUAACUAUUUUCAUUGUUUCAUAUUAUCUCGUACCUUGCAGCAAGGUAAAGGAUGGCCCCUGCAACUAUUAGCAGUGGCAUGCCUAUCUCUAGCAGCAAAAAUGGAGGAAACAAGAGUCCCAACUCUUUUAGACGUACAAAUAUUGGAACCCAGAUUUUUAUUCAAACCAAGUACAGUUCAAAGAAUGGAACUUUUGGUCAUGGGCAAUCUCAACUAUGCCAGGGAAAUGCCAUUCAAAGAAAUGCUACAGAAAGAAUUUCAAGUCAAGCCAAGACACGUCUCGAAGCAAGUGCUGAAAAUUGAAGUUGCUUACAAUAUUUAUAUAUCAAAAAAACAAGGAAGGAUCGUAGGCGGUUGCACCGAGGGGCCAUCAACUCACGGAAAGGGAUCACGAAGUUCUUUUAGUACUUUGGAUGACACUUCACAUUGCGUAAGAAUCAUAAGCUGGCUCAAUGGAGGAGCCCAGGAAUGA